AUGAAGGUCCUUAGAGCACAGAGCUCUGAGCUUAUUAUUCCCUGCACAGCUCUGCACAUGCCCUCUAAUGUCAAUAAUGUGUCCAGGUUUUCUGUGAAGGGACCAGUUGAGCCCAUCGUGGCCCUGCUAGGGGCAGACGCCACUCUGCCCUGCCAGGUGUCCCCUGAGCAGAGUGCAGCACACAUGCACAUCCGGUGGUACCGGACCCAGCUUUCCCCCGCUGUGCUGGUGGUCCAGAAUGGACAGGAGCAAGGCGCCGAGCAAAUGCUGGAGUACCGUGGCAGGACCAAGUUGGUGCGAGACUCCCUCAGCAAUGGGGCAGUGGCUCUGCAGAUACAACAUAUCCGGGCCUCUGACCACGGCCAGUAUCGGUGUUAUUUCAAAAUUGGUGACAUCUCUGAAGAGGCCAUUGUGGAGCUGAAUGUUAUAGGACUGGGCUCUGCCCCUCACGUUUACAUGGCAGGGGUAGAGGAAGAUGGGAUUCGAGUGCUGUGUUCCUCGGAUGGCUGGUUCCCCAAGCCCACCGUGAAGUGGAGAAAUAUGGCAGGAGUGAAGCUACCAUCCCCCCCUGAGUCUCAGACCCAAGACGGAGAUGGGCUUUUCCGUGUGGAGGCAUCUCUUGUGGUCACAGACAGCUCCCUGGGCAACGUGACCUGCACCAUCCAGAAUCCCCUCUCCGGCCAGGAGAAAGCAGCAGCUAUCUUCCUCCCAGAGCCCUUCUUCCCCAGGAUGAAUCCAUGGAAGGCAGCCCUGGCUGGGACACUCCCUGUGUUAGGGAUCCUCCUCAUUGGGAUCAGUUACUUUGGCUGGAGAGAACAUCAAGCAAAGGAGGAAGAAAUAACAAAAAAGGAAAAGGAAGCUGAGGAAAGAGAUCAGAUGGUGAAGGAAAAGGAAGAAGCACUUACAACCAAAGCAAACCUCACGGAAGAGCUGGAAUCCCGAAAGGCAUUAUACAAAGAAGAUUGGAAAAAGGCUCUGCUAUAUCCUGACUGGAGGAAGGAAUUGUUCCAGUCUGCCAAAGUGACUAUAAAUUAUGAACCAUUUCGUCAGAUCAAUUCUGACCCAGAAAAAAAUGAGAAUGGUGGAGAAGAAACACACAAUCUACCUCUCAAUGAUAAUCAGGAAGACAGCAAUCUUAUCACUCUUGAUCAGGAAGAUUUUAUGUCAGGGAGAUAUUACUGGGAGGUGGACCUUCCGGAUGCUGAUGAGUGGACUCUAGGAAUGUAUGAGAAGUGCACAGGUGAAAAUGGACCAUCCAAAAUAUUCAGAGUCUUAGAGAAGAAAGGUGGAUAUAGAGCUCUCACCUGUCCUUCAGAAAAGUCCCCAGAAAACCUUCCCUUGACAAAAAAUCUGCAGAAGAUUGUGAUUUUCUUGGAUUAUGGGGAUGGAGAUAUUUCUUUCUAUGACAUGAGUGAUGGGGCCCACAUCUUUUCCUUCACCAAGGCCAGCUUCUCUGGACCCGUGUAUCCCUACUUAACACGUAAAUCCAUGACACUCUCCCCAUCUACAAAAUAA